AUGAGCUCCCCAAUUAACAAAGUACUCAUCGCUGACGACAUCGAGCAAGAAUGCGUUGACAUUCUGAAGCAAAACGGAAUCGAGGUCACCGUUAAGACGAAGCAGACAAAGGAACAACUUCUGGAGACACUACCACAGCACGACGCUGUCAUCGUUCGUAGUGCUACGAAGAUCACCGCUGAUCUUUUGGCUGCAUCAGCUGGAAAGUUGAAGCUUGUCGGAAGAGCAGGAACUGGAGUCGACAACAUUGAUGUACCAGCCGCCACCGCCAAUAAGAUUCUCGUGAUGAAUACGCCUCAAGCCAACUCUCGCUCUGCCGCCGAACUGACAUGUACGCUGAUCCUCUCACUCUCUCGUCAUGUUCCACAAGCCGCCGCCUCAAUGAAGGCUGGAAAAUGGGCACGCAAGGACUUCAUGGGAGAAGAGGUCUAUGGACGCACACUUGCAGUUCUCGGACUCGGACGCAUCGGAACUGAAGUAGCUAUUCGCCUUCAAGCAUUUGGAAUGAGAGUCAUUGGAUACGAUCCAAUCGUCACUAAAGAGCAAGCUCAAGCCAAGAACAUUGAGUUGCUCCCUCUCGAACAAAUCUGGCCUCAAGCUGACUACAUCACAGUUCAUGUGCCACUUAUCAAGCAAACUGAGAACUUGAUCAACAAAGAGACCCUUGCUCUGUGCAAGAAGGGUGUUCGAAUCAUCAAUGUGGCUCGUGGAGGAAUCGUCAACGAGCAAGACCUUGUCGAGUCUCUGAACAAUGGACAUGCCAAGGGAGCCGCCUUCGACGUCUUUGAACCAGAACCACCAACGUACAGAGAGUUCGUUGAUCACCCACUCGUCAUUGCCACUCCACAUCUUGGAGCCUCCACAAUCGACGCUCAACUCCGUGUCGCCUCGGAAAUCGCUGAUAAUAUUGUGCAAUACAAUAAGGGAACUGUUCUUGGUGUUUUGAACGCCAGAGAAGUUCUCCACUAA